AGCCUUUGCCCUUUAGGCAACAGAGGGAUGACAUGGUAAAUACAGAAAGGCGGUUGGGGUAUUUUGGGAAUAAUGGAAAUUAAUAACCAGAGAGCGUGAGAGGAAAGCAUGUAGUUUUUUCUCAAAACGGUUUAUAUACUGACUUGGGGACCAAGUAAGUUACCAGAAACCGCAAAAACGACGCGUCGCGAUGGGGUCGUGUGAGUUUCUACGAAAUCCCCAAGUUUAUCGGUUCUCAGGUCGAAACUGCCCUUCAAAGUUUGGCGAAUUUGCGCCCGUACCAUUGUUGACGUUGAAGAAUAAACCCUGGAAGGUGUCUGCUUCGUUAUCUCUAACAGCCUUAUCAAUGGAAUCGCCUCCUCAAGGGUAUAGAAGAAAUGUAGGGAUAUGUCUCGUUAAUCCCUCUAAACAGAUCUUUACAGCUUCGAGGAUAAACAUACCAGACACUUGGCAAAUGCCUCAGGGGGGUGCUGAUGAAGGUGAGGACCUUAUAAAUGCAGCGAUGAGAGAAUUGAGGGAAGAAACAGGAGUUACUUCUGCAGAGCUUCUCGCCGAGGCUCCAUACUGGCUAACUUAUGACUUCCCACUUCAAGUUAGAGAGAGACUUAAUCGCAGAUGGGGUACAAAUUACAAAGGUCAAGCACAGAAAUGGUUUCUAUUUAAGUUUACUGGUAAGGAGGAAGAGAUCAACCUUUUGGGAGAUGGAUCUGAAAAGCCAGAAUUCAAGGACUGGUCAUGGAUGUUACCGGAGCGAGUAGUAGAGCUUGCUGUGGAUUUCAAGAAACCUGUUUAUGAACAAGUUAUGAAGCUAUUUGGUCCAUAUCUUCAGGGAGAUGAAGAUGAAGGGAAUUACUCUGCUCAAAAUGAAACUAACGCCAAAAUGCAUAUAAAGUCCUCCCUAUCGUAAACCCGCGUCAAAAUGUUCAUUUAGUAAAUCUCAUUGAUAGCAUAGCAAAAAGCCUUUUUCUUUUUGGUGCUUUGCCAGGUUUUGUAUUCAAUUUAGCCGCGUAUAUAAGAAUCUUCUAUGCAACUUGUUCAAUCAUGUGGAUGAUUAGAUUACCGGUCUCUAUUUACAGAUGAAAUAAAGCAGAAUCGAAACAUGCUUCUUUUUUAA